AUGCGGUCUGCUUACUUGCACGCGAUCUGGGGCUUGCUAGUCCACAACAGUCUUGCUGUUUUGGCCCCGUCCGCAACCAUUCCCGAUGGUGAUGUAACCUACCGGGGCAUCAAUCGCAAUGGGGUGGAAGCCUUCUUGAACAUAGCGUAUGGUAUGUCCACGGACGGCGCGCAUCGUUUCAAGCCGCCUCGACUUCAUGUGCCAGUCCCUGGGAGUACCAUCUACGCGGAUUCGUACGGGCCGGCUUGUCCUCAGGCCUUGGGAGGCUGGGUAGCGCCCUUGUCUUUGACAAAUGUCACUCGGAUUUCGGAAGACUGCUUGAAUCUUAACAUUGUCAGACCAAAAGGAACAAAGCCAAAUGAUUUGCUCCCUGUCAUGAUAUAUAUUCAUGGUGGUAGCUUCUGGGCCGGUCAGAACAGCGAGAUAACUACUACUCCGGAUGGCCUGAUUCUUGAAUCGGUCAAGAAUGGGCUUCCAAUUAUGCACGUUGGCAUGAAUUAUCGCCUUGGGUUCUUUGGGUUCGCUCAGUCCGAUGCUCUGAAGGCGGAGCGCUCGAACAAUGCUGGACUGAGAGAUCAACGACUUGCCAUGGAGUGGGUUCAAGAUAACAUUGCGCAUUUCGGUGGCGAUCCCUCCAAACUAACAGUAUUUGGCCAAUCUUCUGGAGGUCUGGCCGUGGGGAUGCAUAUCCUAUCAUUUGGUGGGAAGCAGCCUGUGCCCUUCCACAAUGCAAUCGCCUCAAGCGGUUCCUUGGAGCCUGGGGUCGUUUCAAAUAUAACGGAAAAUGCCAUGAGAGCCGUUGUGGACUAUGUUGGAUGCAACGAGACCGACUUUCAUUCUUCCGAUACCUUACUCUGUCUUCGUAACCAUACUAUGGACUCUCUACUCCAGGCAUCUCUGAAGACUUAUCGAUCCGAUAUCAACGUUGGCGACAUUUGGCUGCCUUCUAUCGACGGUGAUUUUCUCCCGGAGUGUCCUUCAGCUCUCCUUGGGCAGGGGAAUUUUGCCAAGAAUCUCAAUGUGAUGUUGAGUUGGUGUGAGGACGACGUCACACUCUUUACUGAUGAGAGUAUCUCGACUGCCGAUGAUACUCGAAGUUUCAUCGCGAAUUAUGUGCCAAAUCUGUCCAGUGGACAUCUCAACGAGCUUCUCUCGCUAUAUCCUGGGUCUGAAUUCGCCACCAACGGAGAGUUGUCCGCAGAGUUUUAUCGUUCUGCCAGGAUAUUUCGAGACAUUGUCAUGACAUGCCCAGCUCUUUAUUUUGGUGAGGGUAUUGCCGAGCGGAACGCAAAUACAGUGUACUUCUACCACUGGAACCAGACUAUUUUGGGCCCUGUUUUGGAACAUCUUGGCCAUCCUCAUGGCAUGGGCCCUAUUCAUACCGCCGAGUUUGCAUACGUCUUUGGAAACCUCUCGCACUAUGAGAUGGAUGGUGUUCCAUUCAACCCUUCAUCUUCUGACCUUGAGCUUACAGUCAGGGCUUCAAGGUCCUUCUCUACCUUUGUCAGCGUUGGCGAGCCGGAGCUACCAAGCCGCGAUACGUUUCAGGGUUUCCAACCAGCCUUUGAAAAACCAGGCCAGACCCGGGUCUUUGUCGUUGGGGGGUUGGAUGAGGGCCUCUCUUACAUUGAUGGCCACCGGGCGAAUCCGGCUUUGGUCUCGCAGAAAAUCAGGGAGCGAUGUUCUUUUCUUAAUUCAGAGGACGUAUUGAACGAGCUCGGAACCUAA